UGAUUUAGGAAAAGAGAAGUCUUGAAGGAGGAGCGAGCAGAGAGAUGACAUAAGAAUUCCUUGCCGUUUCCCCAUUUUUAUGUGCUUUUCUCCUUUUUUAGUAACAAGAGAAACCGGCCCCUGUUGAAACACCAUCCCAAGAUAGCAUCUUUAUUGGACAAUAAGAGGAUCUCUUUCCCUUCUUCUAUUGCACAAACAAACGCAGAGAUAAUGUCGGCCUGUGUGAUUACGGUGGCACAGGACGGAAGCGGGGAUUACAAGACCGUGCAAGAAGCCAUAGACGUCGUACCUCUCGGAAACACGUGCAGAAUCGUUAUUCGAGUGUCACCAGGAAUUUACAAGCAGCCUGUCUACGUCCCAAAGACCAAGAAUUUCAUCACUCUCGCAGGAAUUCGACCCGAAGACACCCUCCUCACAUUUAACAACACCGCAGCCAAGAUCGAACAUCAUCAGAGUUCUCGUGUGAUUGGAACUGGAACAUUUGGUUGUGGAAGUACCAUAGUUGAAGGAGAGGAUUUCAUAGCUGAGAACAUCACGUUCGAGAACUCUUCCCCUCAGGGUUCAGGCCAGGCUGUGGCCAUUAGAGUGACUGCUGAUCGCUGUGCGUUUUAUAAUUGUAGAUUUCUCGGGUGGCAGGAUACUCUGUAUUUGCAUUAUGGAAAACAAUACUUGAAAGAUUGUUACAUAGAAGGAAGUGUAGACUUCAUAUUUGGAAAUAGCACGGCCUUAUUGGAGCAUUGUCAUGUUCAUUGUAAGGCUGGUGGAUAUAUAACGGCACAAGGUAGGAAGUCGUCACAAGAAACAACUGGUUAUGUCUUUCUAAGAUGCGUCAUUACUGGACAUGGAGGGAAAGAAUACUCAUAUCUUGGACGGCCAUGGGGACCAUUUGGAAGGGUGGUUUUUGCGUUUACAUAUAUGGAUCCGUGUAUUAAAGCACACGGAUGGGAUAAUUGGGGUAAAAGUGAGAAUGAGAGAACUGCUUGUUUUUACGAGUACAGGUGUUAUGGGGCGGGUUGUUGUCCAUCAGACAGGGUGACAUGGUGUAGAGAACUGAUUGACGAAGAAGCAGAUCAGUUUGUGAUGCUGUCUUUCAUCGACUCAAAUCCUGAUGUACCUUGGCUAGCCCAGAGAAUGGCCCUAAAGAUACCAUAUUCUGCUUAGUGGUCCUGAAGCAAGAACAACUUGUACACCAUCAUCCCAUCCUUGGAUUUCCUUUAAAUAUGUGGUUUGUUUAUUAGCAAACUCUUUUGUUAGUCAUGGAUGUUAUUGUAAAAUGAAGGCUCCACAACUCUUUUUAUUAUGUAUGCUUGACUUUUUUAUUGUUUGUUUAAACUGAAAUCAUCUCUUCAUCCUUUCUUUUGCC